AUUUUUCAAACCCCGUGGUGGGGUUUUACAAGCGACAUUUGUAAUCUAAAUUUAAACAAACAAGAAAACUCUUCAAUUCUUCUUCCUUCUUUCUCUCUCCUCUAAGUAUAGCUCUGCGCUGCCUCUGGAAUUGAUCAUCACACACCGUCGGGAAGUUUUGUAGCAGACUCCCUCCUUGUGGUCGGUUAGCAGCUCCUGCAGUUGCCAGAGAUUAUAUGUAGCCAUCGCAGCUUAGCAUCUUUUGUGUCUAGAGUCAACUCCUAAUGUGAUAUUGAUGAAAGGCUUCAGAUAAAAUAUCUGAAAACUUUUGUUGCUAAAAUAUGUUUGCUUACUCUUGAGGAUGGAAACCGAGAGCCCUAUGAGAAUACUCGAAGACAGUAGAACAGAAAAGUGGGUUCCUUCCAAGGACAUGGUCUCCUUUGUGUCCCCUGGGAAUGAAGUGGCAGCUGAUGAACUGGGAUUGCUUCUUAAAGGUCAUAAGAUUCAUGGGCAUAAUAGAAAUAAGGUUCCAAAUCGUAGUGGUAGUGCGCCUCCAAGUAUGGAGGGCUCAUUUUCAGCCUUUGGUAACCUUGUCCAUGAUCAAAGCUCUGGCCGGAAGUUGAGUUUGGCAAGCUUAGACAGUGCCAUGCAAAACUGGCAGUCUGAAGAGCAGAUGCGUGCUGAUCCCUCCUAUUCUGCUUACUACAGCUCUAAUAUCAACUUGAAUCCUAGGCUUCCUCCUCCUAUUAUUUCAAGGGAGAACAUGCACUUGGCACACCAUUUUGCGGAUCUGGGUGAUAGCUGCCAGUUAAAUUCUUCUGACAAUAGUGGGGAUGCAUCCUUGCACGUGAGUAGAAGUUCUCUUUCAACUCACGAUGAGGAGCCUGAAGAUGAAAAUUUACCACGAAGUGCUUUAGACGAUCUGGCCCAAAGUCGUGCUUCAGGACAGCACAUGGCCUCCUUUGCAGGUCAACAUAAAAGUUUAGUUGACCUAAUCCAGGAGGACUUCCCUCGCACUCCAUCACCAGUUUACAAUCAAUCUCGGCCCUCAUGUCAUGUUGCUGUGGAGGAACCAACUGAUUGUGAUAUUCAAUCUAUUAAACUGGACGGUCUGUCCGUUGACUUUUCAAAUAAACCAGGUGCAGGCGCUUGUGCGGAUGUCUCAGGUGACCAUAAUAUAGCUGUCCCCGAUCAGUCUUUGGCCAUUUCUCUUGAAAAAGAAUCUUCUGUUGACAGUCUUGGGAGGUCUCCUUCCCCUCAGAAGGGUGAAAUAUCAGCUAGUGAUGAUGCACCUCUGGUGAAUGAGCUCUUAGUCAGCGAUGGGAUAGCAUCAGGUAUUUCAAAGAACUUUCCAGCUCCAGAGAUUAGUGACAACAAGGAUGAACAAUAUUUUCAUGGUAGGAAUGGAGUAGGACAGCAACAGCAGCAGCAGUAUCACUCCCAACGAAUCGCAGCUUACCAAGUUAAUAGCCCACAAGUUCAAGCAAAUAUUCUUGGGACUAAUGCACUACAGAGUAGCCUAGCAAAAGGUUAUGGUCAUAGCUGGUUCUCCUCAGUUGAGGUACAAGCAGUUCCUCAAGGUUCUGGCCUCACGCCUCCUCUAUAUGCAACAGCUGCAGCCUAUAUGGCUUCCGGCAACCCAUACUAUUCUAACUUGAGUCCACCUGGUGUAUAUGCCCCUCAUUACAAUGUAGGGGGAUAUGCUUUGGCUUCACCUUCUCUUCCUCCAUUUGUAGCUGGAUAUCCAUCUCAUUCUGGUCUAUCUGUGCAUAUUAAUGCUGGUUCUGGACGAAGCAUCAGUGGUCAAAGUGUUACACCAAGAGAAAACAUUCCACAAGUUGGUGAUCUGCAACAUUUAACCAAGUUUUAUGGGCAUCAUGGGUUAAUGGUGCAUCCUUCUUUCCCAGAUCCUUUCCAUAUGCAGUAUUUUCAUCACCCUGUUGAUGAUUCAAACACUGCUCCUGGUCGGUAUAUGCGGUUUCCAUCAUCGGGCUUGGUUGGGCUAGAAGUUGAUGCUUAUGCCUCAAAUAUGGAGCCAAAUCUCCCUUAUAUUGCUGAACAGAAUUUUAAUCGUCCACCAAUUGGAAGCCUGAACUUACCAAGUCCUGGAAAAAUGAUAAUUCCUGGUAAUAGUUAUUUUGGAAGUCCAUCAGGCCUGGGAUUCGCACAACAGUUUCCAGCCUCGCCUCUUGGUAGUCCUGUAUUGCCAGGAUCCCCUAUGGGUAGAAGGAGUGAAAUUAAAUCUACCCCUGCUUCGGGUAGAAAUAUUGGAUUGUGUUCUGGAUGGCCUGCACAAAGAGGUUCUGGUAGCUUUAAUGAUUCUAAAAGACAUUCAUUUCUCGAAGAACUGAAACAAAGCAAUGCUCGAAGAAUUGACCUCCCUGAUAUUGCAGGUCGUGUAAUUGAAUUCAGCGUUGAUCAGCAUGGGAGUCGGUUUAUACAGCAGAAAUUGGAAAAUUGUAGUAUUGAAGAGAAGGCAUCU